UGGGACAGAGCUCCUCUUGUCCGGGGUGGUUUGUGCAGUUCUUUGGCAGGCUGCUGCCUCUUCACCAGAUAAAAAAGUUCAGGGAUCCCAUUCCCAAGAGCUCCCCAUGGACCUACCCCUCUUGAAAUGGAUGAAACAGCCACUGUCUUCAUCUGUUAUCUAAAAUAAAUUCAGCCACCGGUACUGUGCCUGUGUCGACCCAUUGCUGGGGAGACAAUGGAGGGCUUGAGUGUAGCUGAGAUUUCUGGCCACUUUUGCGUAUUUUUAAGGCCAGUGGAAAGUCUCUGCUGUGCCUAAAGCUGUGAUCGUACAUCUCUCUUCAGAGCCGUGUCAGUCCUGCCCAAGGAUUUGGGCUGGUUUCUUCCUGUCUUGAAGUUUAAUCUUGAUGCAACCCCACCAGCAUCAGCCUGACUUCUGAAUUUUUGCAUUUUUGCUGGAAAAUGACAGCCCGAGGCUUGGCAUCCUCUUGCGAAAGAAGUUCUGUUCCAAUGGCCUUGGAUGUGGGAAAAACACUUCCUGAAGCCUCACUGAGCAAGAAGGAUGAGGGUGAUGGCAGGUGGGACUGUGCAGAGGUGGAGAUGGACUUCCCAGAGCUAGUGGGCAGCCUGCGCCAGUGUUUAGGGGUAGAGGAAGCCAAGCCCUGCCUGCAAGGAACAGAGAGUGCGGCAAUGAGUGGACACAGUCGCUUGGCCUCAGAUGUUACCCAGGGAGGCUCGAGCUGUCACCAAGAAGUGUCUUCAGCAUCCACAUCCAGAUUUCCUGGAGCAAGAGCAAGCCUCUCAGAGACAGAGACUUUAAUUUAUAGAGCCCACGAUGGUGGUGAUGUGCCUCGUCAUGUUAGCCACCGGUUCCUCUCCUCAGAAGAGCAGCAGCAGGUGAAGGCAUCAGGCUGUUGGGAGCCAAUGUCCAUCCCUCCCAGCCAGCGCAGCUCUGCAGAGGAGACCAUCCUUGAUGGCAGCUGCCACGAUGCCCGUCCCGGCCGGCGGAGACGAAGUCUAGGAGCUCAAUCCUCAUUUUCCUCCACCUCGGAGCUCCUGCGGCCCCAAACCCCCUUCAGCCUCGAGAGCACCCUGCAGAGCCGCUCCGUAUCGAGCUUCUCCGCUCCCUCUUCAGAAGACAAUGGCCUCUCCGAAGAGCUAUCCCAAAGUUUACCAGCCAGCACGGAUGUGCCUUUUUCUGCAGCUUCUGCUACCCGGGACAUCUGCUGUCGGCGAGGUUCAGCAGAAGCCAGGAUGCUGCGGGCACACAAGCCCUUCAGUCCUCUGCUGGAUGACCGUCCCACUGGGGAGCGCAUCCGGGAGAUGUCAUCCUACCAAGCUGAUUACUGGGCGUGUGCCAUUCCAGAUUCCUUACCCCCGUCUCCAGACCGUUACUCACCCCACUGGAACCCAAAUAAAGAGUACGAAGACUUGCUGGAUUAUGCUUAUCCCCUGAAGCCAAGAUACAAGCUGAGAAAGAUGCCAGAGCCUUUCUUCCACGACUCAGGAAUAGGUUUGGACAGCUUUUCUGUUUCCCCCGAGGGCACUUUGAGGUCUGCCAGCAUCUAUGGCCAUAGUGGGCAGGCUCGGGAAAGCGGAAGAAAUGGCCGUCGGAGGCUCGUGGCCUCAGCAGAGAGGUUCUCCACUGUGGGGCCUGGAAAAAGAAGCAGCUCAGGGGCUGGCUCAUACUAUGAAUCUUCACCUAUGGCAACGGCAUCCUUUGCAAAGAGUGCUUCCUCUCAUCUUUAUGGAGGUUUGGCUAAGGAUGUAAUGACAGAGUCAGCGGGGCUGAGUUCCUCUGGCCACCCUGCUGCAGAUGGGAGAAGCUGGGGUACCAGAGGGAGCCCCUUCCCAAACUACAAAGGGCAGAUGAAAAGCACAAAUAGGUUUUUACCUACAACACAAGUGCUGCCCCUGAGGAGAGAGUGGGAGGGUGAUGAAGAAUUUCUCUCCCUGCCUCCCAGACUGCGGGAGCUGGAGAGGCUGGCUCAGUUUUUGUCCAAUCUUUCCUUAACUGUAAGGACGCCCGGGCAGGACCACCGUAACCUUCCACGUCACAGUGACAGCAGACAGCCCCUUCCAUCCAAGCUGGCUCCUUUCAGAGAAGCGGGUGUCAGGGACGAAAGAGGGAACAUUGAGGAUUAUGCUGGGCAGUGGCAUCCCUGCAGCUCUCGAAAGCUCAGCUGGGAAAACACUGAAUCGUGUGACCAGAUCCACAGGGAUCCUCUGCCAGGGCUCCAUUUACUGACCAGGCUCAGGGACACACUGGAUGGAAUGUACCUCAAUGAACCACGGGUCAAGGGGCGGACGAAGAAGAACCAGCAGAGCCAGUCCCUUGCCCAGUGUGUAAAGAUGUUUUGCUGCCAGCUGGAAGAGCUAAUUCAUUGGCUGUACAACGUUGCAGACAUCACUGACAACUGGAUCCCAGCCUCGCUGGACACUGAGAGCAUGAAGAAAUCACUGCACCGCUGCUUGGAGUUCAAGAAAGAUGUGGCUGACCACCGGUGCCUGACAGAGAGCGUGUUGGAGAGGGGAGAAGCUCUGCUUGACUGCAUGGCAUCAAAUUCACCAGCUCUGAAAGACACGCUGGGUUUGAUCGCGAAACAGUCAGAAGAGCUGGAGACCCACGCGGAGCACUUGUAUAAGACUGUUCUAGCUGCUGUGGGUCCCCUGCAGGGAGAGGACAGGAUGGAAGAUGAGGGUCUGUAGCAGACAGCUGCUCAGUGGUGGUGCUGCUGCCUCUACGAGACCUGAGAUUUGUUAACCAUUAUCAGGAGGGAUGGAAAAAAACCAAAACCCAAUACAGUGCACUGGAAAACACCUCUACUACUUCUUGCAGAUGCCAAAUGCAUCUGAUCACUGUGUUUGGAGUUAGCCAACCCAGGCUGACUUCAGUGUGUUGGGUUUUAUACCAUGGCUUGAGAAAGCAGGUACCUGGCUGCUGGGAUAUUUGGUUAAUAGUGCUGAUUACAUUGAGGAGGCUUGUGAGUGAGCAGUAUACAGCUGGCCUUUUUUGGGGGAGGUAUUUUUUUAAUGUAGCUUUCCUUUUUUUAUUGAAAUGGUCUGUUCCAUGUUAGCAAAACUUCAGGAACAUGCUGUUUGUUUUUUGGGUUUGUUUUUUUUUUUUAAACUAAGUAAUCUUUAGUGUGCUGUGCAACUCACUUCUAAGUAAAACCGUGUGAUUUUAA